AUGAGUUCGUCAGAUAUUGCCGGGCCGAUAACGAAUACUUGUGUAGUUUGUGGAGUUGAUAAAAAUCUUUCCCGUUGUGCUCGUUGUAGGAUAACUUAUUAUUGCUGUAGGGACCACCAGAAACAGGACUGGAAAAAACAUAAAGUGACAUGUAAAAAACAGGACUCUGCUGAUAGUGUUGAAAAAAAAUAUGGUCACAUUGUGAGCAGUCAAGAAUGUAGUACUUUAUUACCAAGUGAAGGCAGCUCGGAAAACGAAAUCCUGAGUUCUCUUGGAGAACAACUUGCCCCAAACAAUAACUAUGAAAUAUCGUCAACAGAGAAGUCUUUGAAAUCACUUGAUACCACCAUGCCUAUCAGUGGGAAAAAUAUUGUACAAUCAAAACAUAAAACUCUCAAAGACUUUCCUGAAAUAAGUCUCAAUUCUAGUUCUGCAUCUCUUCACCAUAACAUACAAGAUGACUAUUUAGAGGAAAUGAGCAGAAACGUUGUACAGGACUUGAGUGCAUAUGGACUAUGUGUAAUAGAUAACUUCUUAGGUGCUGAAAGAGGAAAAACUGUCCUAGCAGAAGUGUUGAAAAUGGAGUCUCAAGGUGUGUUUUGUGAUGGACAAUUAGUUUCCUCAAAAGGCAACAAAGAGGAUCUAAAGACUAUUAGAAGUGACCAAAUCUGUUGGGUACAUGGUAAAGAGACAAACUUUCCUAAUAUUGGUUAUCUGGUUAGUCAAGUUGAUGCUGUUAUCAUGAAAGCCAAUAAAUUGUCAACCAAUAGUCAGCUAGGGCAGUACAAUAUAAAUGGAAGAACCAAGGCAAUGGUUGCAUGUUACCCAGGAUCAGGGUCUCACUAUGUCAAACACGUUGACAAUCCAAAUAGGGACGGCAGAUGCAUAACAGGAAUAUACUACCUCAAUCUCAAUUGGGAUGUACAAAGGAGUGGGGGUUUACUGAGAAUAUUUCCUGAAGGCUGGAGAGAAGAUAAAGUAGCAGACAUUGAGCCCCUUUUUGACCGACUGCUAUUCUUCUGGUCGGACAGAAGAAACCCCCAUGAAGUUCAACCUGCCUUCAAUACCCGUUACGCCAUUACGUUAUGGUAUUUUGACGCGACUGAAAGGGAAGAAGCGUUGAGGCGAUAUGAGAGAGAAAGAAAUGGUCUACAACAACAAUCAAAAUGA